AUGUUCGCGUAUCCGCCGGCAUAUCCACUGGGCACGUUAUUUCUCGGAGGCAUUCGCGAAGAAUCCGCUGGGACCCUCUUUACCGUUCCCCCAAUACACGGCAUGUCGCAGAGGCCUAAACAAAUUUGUGAGAAGGAUUUCGCUCAGUGGUGGGAUGCUUUCUCCCACGAGUUUUUCGAUGACGAUGCGAAGUUGUGGAUAAAUAUAGUUGAUGAGCACAGUCCUCAUUCGGAGAAAUACGUUUUGGGUCGACAAUUGAUACCUCGCUUUUUCCGUUCCUUCUUUGAAAGUAAGAUCCGGGAAAUGUAUUUUGUUAUACGUGGGCAAUCUCGCGAGUCUCAAGCACCAUCUGGGAUGAUUCACUAUGAGAACCAAGACAUGCUCCAGGUUACUAAGCAUGAAAUCCCCAAUGCCGAGGUACAAACUAAGUUCAAGCUUUUCAUCGAGUUCACACCCUAUGACGAUAUUCUGAACCAUCGGAUACGAACCUGGAGUAUGGAAUUAGAAAGCUGUCAAGAAUUUGUCAUGAAUGAAAUUACAAAGGAGUACGAAAUUCAUCAUCCUGAUGCUAUGGAAAAAUGCAUACCAUUGACUCGUGUUGGCAUGCCGUUACAAACGAUGGCCUGUCUAUCUAUGAGUCGUAUAUUGGAGCCAAUGCAAAUGCUUAUGAGUCAAAGCAAGACGUCUGGGCUUUCACCAAGAGAUGCAAUGACACGCACUCUAUUCGCUCAUCACACGAAGAUGCAACAACAACAACAACAACAACAACAACAACAACAACAACAACAACAAAUGGCGAUUCAACACAUGAAUCAAACUUCAAUGUUGCCCCCGACUACAGUAGAGGAACAAAAACCUAAACCUCCUCGAAAACGUCAACGUAAAACCACUACGAAUAGUAAAAGCAAAAAGGCAAACGCAAGUCCAGCACCGGUAAAUUCUGGCUUCUCUUCAAAUCCCAUGCCUGGCAACGACGUCAUGGUGGUAGGGGAACCAUCUAUGAUGGGAGGAGAUUAUGGAGAAGAGGAUGAGCGGACAAUCUCGCGUGUUGAAAAUGCUCAGUACGAUCCGAAUGCAUUGCAGCUCCAAAUGCAAUCCAUGGGGUCAAGUGGACACAUCGGCGGAGCAGGAAUGAGUGGUUUGCAAACUGGACCACCAAUGGGUCCUCAGAUGAGUGGACCAGGCCCUCAGAUGGCUCAAACAGGCCCCAUCGGACAUGGAUCAUCUGUACAGAUAGGUCCUGGAAUGUCAUCGGCUACUACUCAGCAGCUAACACAAUUGGGCCAACCACAAAAUGGCCACCCACCUCCACAGGUCUAUGUGCUCUGUAUCUCCAUGAGCUCAGUAUAUUGGCCAAAUACUGUUACAGCCUCACGAUUUGAUUUUCGAAGGAUAUGGAUAUGGUCAGCCGCAAACGAAUGCCUGGGCAAAUCCAUCUUCGAAUGCAACCAUGAUCACAGGAUAGACAUUUGUUUGAUCGCCGUGGCAUGGCUGCUUAGUUUGGGGAAAAGUCUUCUUGCCACUCCAGCAUAUUCACUGUCUCAGUACCCUGCACACUGGGCCCUGUCGUCUCAGACGUCGGACGGUAUGGCGACCGGUGAGAGGCGAUCAAAUCUCAGGUUGCUCAGGACGUCACUGAUUCUGGACCAAGGCGACACACGCACGACUCGCCAUGGAGACUGUCUCAGACUGUGUACUUACAACGCGAGAACAGUUUCCACAGACGCUGACCUGCAUGCCAUUCUCGGAGCUGCAGAGCGUAUCAAAUUUCACGUGAUUGCUCUGCAGGAGACCAAGUGCAGAAGGAGCGACAUACGACAGUUGAAUGACGGUACACUCGUCAUUCGUGGAAAGGUUCCGUCGCGAAAUGUAGGCGGUGUUGGUUUUGUUGUGCACCCAUCUGUCGUCCAUCUCGUCGAUUCUCACGAGAUCCUGUCACCUCGUCUGGCCAUUCUUCGCCUGCGCCCUCUGCGCCAAAAAUCCAUCAGUAUCAUCAACUGCUACUCACCAACAUCAGCAGCUGAUGAAUCCGAAUUGGGCGCAUUUUACGAGGAGCUGGAAGAAGUAGUCCGCAACGAGAAGUCCUUCUACAAAUUCGUUGUCGGAGGCUUCGACGCAAAACUAGGAAAGGCCACAGAAGAGGAUUACAGGAUUGGAAGAUUUGGACUAGGGGACCGGAAUGAAAAUGGCAGUCGUCUCGCCGGGCUGUUGUCCGCCGCUCGCCUCUUUCAUGGGAACUCUCUUUUCAUGAAAAAAGAUCAUCGUCGGUGGACAUGGGAAUCGCCCAAUGGCGCGACUCGUGCGGAGAUCGACCACAUACUCACCAACCGGAGGUGGUGUCUACUUGACGUCUCAGUAGUACUAUCCUUUUGUAGUGGUUCUGAUCACCGUCUCCUUCGUGCGAAAAUACGUCUUAGCCACACGAUGGAAAAGAACAUCUGCUAUCGGCAACGAAGGAGAAAAGAAGUCGUCUACGACGAUUGCGUACUCGAGGACUCCUUGUCCCAAGGUGACUGGCACAUCGAGGAGGACCCAAAAGUGGACUACGAGAUGCUGCUCAGAGGAUUACGAGCCUGCGCUGAACGUGCCUCGAAGCCGCGCACGACAAACUUAGAUCGAAUUUCGAAGAUCACCAAGAAAUUGUUGGAAAGAAGAAGGGCUUUGAGGCUUGAUCCAAAUGCAUCGCACACUGAGCCGUUAGCAGCAAACACUAGCUGCAGAAAAGCGUUGCAGGAGGAUCUUUUGAGGUACAGGCAGAAGAAGAUUCUAGAAACAGCACAAAGAAGAACGAGUCUAAAGAAGUGCCGCAGGGAUCUCAGCGAAUAUAAUAUUCCGUUAGCAACCUUGCUGAGCGAAGACGGAACUCGCACGUCUUCUCGUCGUGAGAUGGAAAUCAUUACGUAG